GUUUCACGCGCGCAGACUGCAUUGUGCCUUGGAUUCCUGUAGGCGCCCUUCUCGCCCUGUACUCUCUCCGGGUCGCAGCCUGACGCACUUGGGGAGGACUGUCCACUCUGCUGAGGGAAAACUUUACAUUUACUGUCUGGUGUGCUUUUGGGAAUCGCCUUGGCAGUCUGCUUACACUCAAUGAGAUAUUGAACACCCGUCGUUAACGGAAAGCCGUCUACCAUUCAAGGAAGGAGUGCCAUUUGAAGCUGUUGAUGCGAGAUAAAGUUUUAAUUUCCGAAGGUAGAGGAGAGACAGAGUAAAGUAUCAACCGGAAAGCUUAUGAUAAAGUUUCUUAGCGUAGUGCAGAUGAAGAUGGGUACCUUGCGCGACCUCCAAUAUGCGCUGCAGGAGAAGAUCGAAGAGUUGCGGCAGCGAGACGCGCUCAUAGACGAGUUGGAGCUGGAACUCGACCAGAAGGAUGAGCUAAUACAGAAACUACAGAACGAACUGGAUAAAUACCGUUCGGUUAUAAAACCUGCAACCCAACAAGUCCACAAACAGACCGAACUGCACGAGCAGCAACGGACUAAAAGACAGGCUAUUUCUGCCGAACCGACCGUAUUCGACAUCCAAGAGCUUAGUCAUGUAACUCUGCCGUUCUACCCCAAAAGCCCACAGUCCAAGGACCUGAUCAAGGAAGCCAUCUUGGAUAAUGACUUCAUGAAGAACCUGGAGAUGUCUCAGAUCCAGGAGAUAGUGGACUGUAUGUACCCUGUGGAUUAUGGCAAGGACAGCUGCAUCAUCAAGGAGGGCGAUGUGGGCUCGCUGGUCUAUGUCAUGGAAGACGGUAAGGUGGAAGUCACAAAGGAGAGUCUGAAGCUGUGCACCAUGGGACCAGGGAAGGUGUUUGGGGAGCUGGCUAUCCUCUAUAACUGCACCAGGACAGCCACUGUUAAAACCCUCACCAACGUGAAGCUGUGGGCCAUUGACAGACAAUGCUUCCAGACCAUCAUGAUGAGGACUGGCCUGAUCAAACACACAGAAUAUAUGGAGUACCUCAAGAGUGUUCCAACUUUCCAAGGUCUUCAGGAGGAGAUUCUAAGCAAGCUUGCGGACGUACUUGAAGAGACCCACUACGAAGAUGGAGAGUACAUCAUCAGGCAGGGAGCCCGAGGAGACACCUUCUUCAUCAUCAGCAAGGGAAAGGUGAAUGUGACCAGGGAGGAUGUGCCCAGUGGUGAGCCAGCGUUCCUGCACAGCCUGGGGAAGGGAGACUGGUUUGGAGAGAUGGCACUGCAGGGUGAGGACGUCAGGACAGCAAACUUUAUUGCAGCAGAAACGGUCACCUGUCUGGUCAUCGACAGAGACUCAUUCAAACACCUGAUUGGAGGGUUAGAGGAUGUCUCCAGUAAAGGUCAUGAGGACGCUGAUGCCAAUGCCAGGUACGAGGUAGAGAACGCCUUCUUCUUCAGCAUCAACCUGGCUGACUUUAACAUCAUCGACACACUGGGCGUCGGGGGCUUUGGGCGCGUGGAGCUGGUGCAGCUGAAAAGCGACGAGACCAGGACGUUCGCCAUGAAGAUCCUGAAGAAGAGGCACAUCGUGGACACGAGGCAGCAGGAGCACAUCCGCUCGGAGAAGCUCAUCAUGCAGGAGGCCCACUCGGACUUCAUCGUCAGAUUAUACAGGACAUUUAAGGAUAGCAAAUACCUCUACAUGUUGAUGGAGGCGUGUUUGGGUGGUGAGCUAUGGACCAUUCUGAGAGACAGAGGUUCCUUUGAGGACUCCACUACAAGGUUCUAUACUGGGUGUGUGGUGGAGGCCUUUGCUUACCUGCAUUCCAAAGGUAUCAUCUACAGAGACCUCAAACCAGAGAACCUCAUACUGGAUCACCGGGGCUAUGCCAAGCUGGUGGAUUUCGGCUUUGCAAAGAAGAUCGGCUUCGGGAAGAAGACUUGGACAUUCUGUGGGACUCCAGAAUACGUGGCUCCUGAGAUCAUCCUGAACAAGGGCCAUGAUAUCUCUGCUGACUACUGGUCCCUGGGCAUCCUCAUGUUUGAACUUCUCACUGGCAGCCCUCCUUUCUCUGGACCAGACCCCAUGAAGACCUACAACAUCAUCCUUAGAGGCAUCGACAUGAUAGAAUUCCCAAAGAAAAUUACCAAAAAUGCUGCCAAUCUCAUAAAGAAGCUAUGCAGGGACAAUCCUUCGGAACGCCUCGGAAACUUGAAAAAUGGAGUCAAAGACAUCCAGAAGCACAAAUGGUUCGAGGGCUUCAACUGGGAGGGUUUAAAGAAGGGAACGCUGACACCCCCGAUCAUCCCCAACGUGACCGCGCCAACGGACACGAGUAACUUCGACAGCUUCCCAGAGGACAACGAAGACCCGCCCCCGGACGACAACUCUGGCUGGGACACCGAUUUUUAAGCUUCUCCUCCACAUGCACAUACCAAAAAAACAUCUUCAGGAUAUUGCUGCAUCUUAAAGACUGCGUUGAAAUGAGUAAGAGGAGACGAAGAGGAGAAAAAGACAGAAGGCAAGCCCUCUGGGUCACCGAUAUGCCUUCGCUACGUUGGGACUCUGAGACUGUAGCACUCCCCUCAGUGUUCUGUUUCACACACUCUUUCUUUCUCUCUCUCUCUCACACACACACACACACACACACACAGACAAACACAUACACAUACACACAUGCACAGACCCACGGGAACAAACAACUCACACACACACAACAUGAGACGAUGAGUCAUAGAGCGAGACCACUUCCAUCCAUUAGGCAGAGAUGAGGAUCGCAGGUGAAAUAUUAAAGAAUAUACGAAAGGGAGAGGGGAAAGAAAAUAAGACUAUGAUGAGAAUGAGGGUGAAAUUGAAAUUUCUUUUGCUGCCACACACCUUUACUGCUCUUAAAAAGGUUGGCCAGAAACGCUGUUCUUUCCCAGACUGCUGUAGCUGUUGUGUGGCCUGCAGUAGCUUGCCUGCGUCGCUGGUCGCUGACUAACCUGGAAAACUGUCCCAUCUUAGCACUGGGCCUAGGAAGUCAAGCAGGUACUAAGUGCUUCAGACCAACCUGAAUGUUCCUGUACCUCCUCUCGUUACUGUGAGACAAGCAUAGGUUGUAAGUACUGUACAUACUAUUUGAAGUUACAUUCUCACACAUGCACAUAAAGUAGACAACAAUCAUCUAUUUAGAACAACUGCAUACCUUAAUGAAGCACAAGUGCUGUUUUGUGCUUUUGACAUAAAAUGUAUGACCCUUCAAGUGCCCUGCCAGUUUACCAGCUUAUGUUACACAGACACACAAACAGACACUCAGCAAACACACAUUACAUGUAAGCAAUGUGUUAUUAUGCAGUUAAUUCCACUAACUUCAUCUACAGAGAUGCUCUGACCAGCUACUUAAUUUUAAGGUAUUUGAGCGCCAAUAGAUUUCCGUUAAGCAGCACACAGGUAGGCCAGUUCAAAUGAACAUCAACCAUACUUAUUUAUAGCUGAUUACUUUGUUACUUUUAACAAAUAAUUAAUGGCUCGAUAUAUUUCAAAUACAUUUUUGGGAACAAUGUAGACAGUAAUCUCACUCCAUAAUUAUGUAGACACAGUGGUUACUAGGACUUUGGUGCUGUAAUAAAAGGUGAUAUUGUUUAGAGCCCUGGUUAUUGUUUUUGUUGUAUUGCUUGUGAUUUUAUGCACUUGAUUUCCUUGAUUAGCUUAUUGUGUUGGUUUGUAUAAAAUGACUUGUUAAUUAAUUGACUUUUAUAAGAGUGCUGUUUCUGUAAUAUAAUAGUUUAUUCACCACCUGAUAUAACCCCAGGCCCAAAAAUAUUUUAAGUCACACAAUUCAGAACAACAAUCAAGGAUUUAUUGUCACACAUGCCUUAUUGAAAUGGGUAAACUCUAGACUUUGAAAAUUAAUCCCAUGUCAGUUGGUCUUGAAGCAGUGCUCUGACAACAAGUGGUGAAUGGUCAGAGAUGUUCUAUUUUGUGGGAGCCACCAACCCUUUUACUAGUACCCUCAUUAUCAUCUUCUCUCUCUAGGUCAGUCUGUCAUUCCCCGGUCCCAUUCCAACCACCAAUUACAAUGGCCGACCAAUAGGACAAUGCAAGUGCCUUAAAUCAAUGGCAUCCCGAAAUUAACAUGGCGUCACUGUUUCAAUGCUGCAUGAACAAAGAACCACCUCAAACCUGUAUGUGUCCUUUUGGCUCUCUGCUGGCUGCUUCCCAUAGGCCCUGUUACAAUAAAACACAUGAAACACUAUGAGGGCACUUCUUUUUUUUUUACAUAAACAAUUUUUCUACUUCAUUUCAUCAUUCAGUUGCUCAGAUACAGUUCUGUGGAAUGCGAUAUCAAGUUAUAUGGAAGCUAAUAGGAACAUAGAUAGGAAGAAGGAGGUAUUUACUGUACACCUGGUCUAUCCUGUUUUUAUGGAUUGGCUGAAUCUGAAGACUGAGAGCCCAUGAUGAAGGAUGCACCUCUCACAUUGACCCAAUCCUCGAUACCAAUCACCUUCUGAACAGGAAGACGUGGAUGGAGAGUGGGCAAGGCUAAAGGGACUAGCACAAACUUCUUUAUCUUAUAUAUAUGAAGACACACUACCAUUAACCCCCAGUUAACUUCCUUAUAGUGUUCAGGCCAGUUUUACCCUUUUUUUCAAUGUU